AUGACAAUUGAAGGCGAAGAAAGUGAUGAUGAGUCAGGAUGGAAAGUAUACUUUGAUGGAGCGGUCAACUUUAAAGGAUCAGGAAUCGGAGCCAUCUUGGUUUUAGAUUCGGGCCAAUAUUAUCUGGUGGCAGCCAAGUUGAGCUUCAGUUGCACCAACAAUUGGGCUGAAUAUGAAGCAUGUAUCUUGGGUCUACGUUUAGCCCUCGACAUGGAUGUAAAAGAACUUCAGGUAAUCGGCGACUCGGAUUUGCUAAUCUAUCAGGUUCGAGGAGAGUGGGCCACCAAAAAUGAAAAGAUCAUACCGUAUGUUGGACUUGUGCAAAGAUUGGCAGAUCGGUUCCAAGAAGUCAAGUUCAAACAGAUCCUAAGAACCCAGAAUGAGUUUGCUGAUGCAUUAGCAACAAUAGCAUCCAUGAUUCAGCAUCCCGACAGUAGAUACAUUGAUCUUGUCAAAAUUGAGAUCAGAGAUCAACCAACCCAAUGUGCUUUUGUAGAGGCAGAGACUGAUGGAAACCCUUGGUACGUUGACAUUAAAAUGUUCUUGGAGAAAGGAGAAUAUCCUGAAGGCAUCACCUUAAAUCAAAAGAGAACUAUCAGGAAGCUAGCGAAUGGUUUCUUCCUCAACAAGAACGUCCUGUACAAAAGAGCUUCGGAUUUGGGAUUGCUUAGAUGUGUUGACUUUGUUAAGCCACAAGAUUGA